AUGAUUAACAAUCCACCAAAAACUACUCUUUUAGUAUUUUUCGACUCAUGUAAAAUAGAUGAUUUUGCAAAAACACUUCUUUAUGUUGAUGUUCCCUCUUACUAUGUAUGGAAAAAUAAUAGAUUUGAGAGAAGAAAACGUGGAAUUAACGUAAAUGGUUGGCCGGGAAUAAAAAGAAAUCAAGCUCUGUGUUUUACAUCUUUUUUGAAAUUGAAAACUGUUGACGGCACAAUUCAACCUACUUAUCAGGCAGCGUGUAAGGCUCUAGGCUUACUGGAAGACGAAAGGCGCUGGGAUAAAACUAUGGAAGGAUCUGUGCUUUGUGGUUUUCCAUUUAAAUUACAGGAACUUUUUACAAUUAUGUUGAUAUUUUGUCAAUAUACUCUUGAAGAUACAGUUAUAUCUCUGAGAGGUAAAUGUUUGCAACAUAAUGGUUUACCUCAGCCAUCAAGAUGUGAAGCACCCUAUGUUUAUGACAAAAUAUUAGAGGGCAUUGAAAAGAACACUGGCCAAACAUUUUUCUUAGAUGCACCUGGAGCCACUGGUAAAACAUUUGUCAUAAAUAUUUUAUUGGCCAGAGUACGAAAAGAUCAUGGAAUAGCUUUGGCUGUAGCUUCUUCAGGCAUCGUUGCUACAUUGCUAGAAGGAGGUGAAACAGCUCAUUCUGUAUUUAAAUUACCAUUAAACCUAACGAAAGUAGAGACACCUAUGUGCAAUAUUUCCAGACGAGCUAUCUUAACUCCAAAGAACGACAAGGCAGCCGAAAUCAAUGAAAUCCUACUAAAGGCAUUUAAUGAAAAAGCUGUUGAAUAUAAAUCUUUUGAUUCGGUGAUCCAAUCGGAUGAUGCUGUCCAUUAUCCUUUAGAAUUUCUUAAUUCUCUGAAUCCUUCUGGUCUUUCAUCAUAUAAACUUAUCCUUAAAAUUGGAGCACUUAUAAUGUUACUAAGAAAUCUUAACCCACCUAAAUUGUGUUAUGGAACUAGAUUACAAGUUAAAGCUCUGCACAAAAAUGUAAUCGAAGCUAUAGUUAUCACUGGGUGUGCUAGAGGAGAUAUAGUUUUAAUCCCAAGAAUAACGUUAAUUCCAACUGAUUAUCCCUUUGAGUUUAAAAGAAUACAAUUCCCACUCAAAGUUUGCUUUGCUAUGGCUAUUAAUAAGUGUUAA